AAAUUUUUCAUCAAAGUUUGUAUCGUGUAGAAAAUUUUGAGAAAUACUCUCCUUUUGCGCUCCAUCGAUGAUAAUUUUUAACAAAGGGAUAAAAGUUAUUUGACGAUUGAUAGAAUCUCAUAAUGUAAAAAGAGGUGUUCGCAUUCUUUUGUUGUUUCGUAUCCAUUGAUUUUCACCUGUCAUCCCGGCACGAUUUUUUAAAUUGACAAGUAAACCUAUAGUACAAAGGCGUAUCACAUUUUAGUCUGUGAGUUUUAGCAUUAUAACAAUAUCGUGAAAAAUUCCCCGUUAUACCAUUUCAACGUUGUAUUCGAGUUGUCUUUCACAGGCUAGAGUGAAUUUGAUAAUGAUAAUUAUAUGCCUUCAAAGUAUCUGAAAAAUGGAUGUAAAGAAAAGUAACUGUAUAAAGUGCAAUGGUGAUAUAAUAAUUGAUACUAGGCAUUGCCCGAAAUGCUCGGCUUCCCUCAAGUUUCUUAAAACGUCGAGUUCUCUUGGAAAUCAGGUUAAACAAGAAUCGAACAAAACUGUCGUAAAACCAAUGGAAACCAAUUACAUAACGCAAAUCGUGUCUAGCGGAAUUCGACCAGAUAACGUUUAUGAGACAAGAAUGUUGUUGGCGCCAGAGGUAGACCUGUCAUCUAUUAAAAUAACCGUGAAAGGGAAUAAUCUUCGCGUGAACAUGAUUAAACCCUUAGACGAUCAAUUUGCCAAACAAUUACCAGAGAUGAACGAAAAACCAAUCUUUACCGAUGUGAUUAAAAAAAUGAUGAAACAUUGCGAAAAUUUGUUAAUACCAGAUGGUAUUGACAACGCAAAAGUUCGAGCCGUGGUGGAUAAUAAACAUAGGACGCUCGUGCUCACGGCUCCGGCGAUAAAACUUAGCAAAAUGAAAAAGAUAUAUUGAGAAAAAUUGAGAAAGAAAGUAUUUCUUGAUAUUCUUCUAUGAAGUUGUGAACAAAAUGUCAAAUUCGAUAAAGAUAAAAGAACGAUUUCGAUAUAAGAUUAUUCUACCAACUUCGUUUAGUUGACCCGUGAAAAUGAUUUCAAAAAAAUUUCCGUAACUUUUUUUUUUUAAAUAAUUUUUGAUGUUUAACUUUAUUAUGGAUAAACUAUUACAUAAUAAUCAAGAAAAUACCGUCACCUUAAAGCGAAAUGAUUAUAUGAACUUUGAAAUAAUGACAAAUGGACGGAAGAAGAGUUUCAAAUUUGAAAAAGUUCCCAAUUUUUAUAUUAUUGAUCAUAAAGAAUAUUAUGCCGUAUGUUUUUUUUCCAUUAAGAUUAAUUGCCCAAUUAAAAAUUGAAAAAUUUUAUUAAUAUAUAUAUAUAUAUAUAUAUCAAUAUAUAUAUGUAUCUACAUAUAUGCAUAUAUCUUUAUCCAAUAUAGGCAGAAAUGAAGACUGAAGGAUUGAAAGUAGGAACAGCUACUUUAGCGAAUGAAAAUACAUUGAAUUUAAAAUUGCACAGUUCGGAAGAUUUUUCGAAUAUUAGAAAUCUAAAUUUCUUAAUGCCACCCGAAGCAAAUGCGAAAGAAGUUUCGAUCGAAAUACUCAAUGACACGAUUUUUAUGCGUGCUCCCCUUAAGAAAAAGAAAUAGAACAUAAUACUAUAUGUAAUUAAUUAUUAUG